ACUAGGAAUGUGAACGUGUGCUCUUUCGUAUCACUUUCCGCCGGCCCUUUAUAAUCCCCCAAACAAACAAACCCUUAUUGUUCUAGAUCUAGGCUGUUUUUUUUUUUUUUCUGUUCUUGAUUUGGGUACUUACAAUUCAAGAAACCCCUUUUUCUUCAUAUUUGUCUUAGUUUACCUUUUGGGUCUCCCCCAAAAUUAGAAUUUUGAGUUUCUGAUCCGUUUCUUGGUUAAUUUGGUCAUUUUUUUGCUCUGUAAAGAUUGGAUUUGUGGUCCUUUUAUUGAACUACUAGAACAAAAUUUUUUAUGAUAAUGGCCAAGCAAUAUGGGGUGACGAAACCUUUGUCUUUAGCAGGGCCUAUGGAGGCUGAUAUUCAGCGUACUAAAGAAUUGGAAAAGUUUUUGGUUGGUGCUGGACUAUAUGAAAGUGUUGAGGAGGCUGCUAAGAGAGAAGAAGUUCUCUGCCAACUAAAACAGAUUGUGAAGGACUGGGUGAAAGAUCUUACUCGACUAAGAGGGUAUAGUGAUCAGAUGGUUGAGGAUGCAAAUGCCGUCAUUUUAACCUUUGGUUCUUAUCGGCUUGGGGUGCAUGGUCCUGGAGCUGACAUAGACACAUUAUGUGUUGGACCAUCUUACGUGAAUCGAGAGGAUGACUUCUUUUUUGUAUUGCAUAAUAUUUUGGCGGAGAGGGAAGAAGUUACUGAACUACAACCAGUUCCAGAUGCACAUGUCCCUGUUAUGAAGUUUAAGUUUGAUGGGAUCUCAAUUGAUCUUCUCUAUGCAAGCAUUUCUCUUUUGGUUGUACCAGAUGAUUUGGACAUUUCCAGUGAAUCGAUGUUGUGCAAUGUUGAUGAGCCAACUGUAAGGAGCCUUAAUGGCUGCAGGGUGGCAGAUAAAAUUAUUAAACAUGUUCCAAAUAUUGAGUUUUUCCGGACCACACUUCGGUGUUUAAAGUUUUGGGCUAAACAGCGUGGUGUUUAUUCAAAUGUGACUGGAUUUCUAGGUGGAGUGAACUGGGCUCUUCUGGUUGCUCGGGUUUGCCAACUUUAUCCAAAUGCUGUUCCGAGUAUGCUGGUUUCUCGUUUUUUUCGUGUAUAUACACAAUGGCGCUGGCCAAAUCCUGUUAUGCUUUGUGAGAUAGAGGAUAAAGAAUUUGGAUUUUCUGUCUGGGAUCCACGAAAAAAUCCUUGGGACCGGACACAUCAGAUGCCAAUUAUUACACCUGCCUAUCCUUGCAUGAACUCCAGCUACAAUGUGUCUGCAAGUACUCUUCGAGUUAUGACAGAACAAUUUGAAUUCGGUAACAACAUAUGCCAGGAAAUUGAGCUGAAUAAAGCCCGGUGGACUGCACUGUUUGAGCAGUAUCCUUUCUUUGAAAGCUACAAGAACUAUUUGCAAGUUGACAUAGUUGCAGCUGAUGCUGAUGACUUGCUUGUGUGGAGAGGCUGGGUCGAAUCCCGGUUAAGGCAGCUUACUUUGAUGAUAGAACGGGACACAUUUGGGAAAUUGCAGUGCCAUCCUUAUCCCCAUGAGUAUGUGGACCCCUCCAAACAAUGCGCACAUCGUGCCUUCUUCAUGGGUUUGCAGAGGAGGCCAGGGGAGUUGGUUCAAGAAGGGCAGCAAUUUGAUAUUCGCGGGACAGUUGAUGAGUUUAGACACCAAGUAAACAUGUAUAUGUAUUGGAAACCAGGAAUGGAAAUGUUUGUGUCCCAUGUUCGUAGAAAGCAGAUUCCCUCUUAUGUUUCACCAGAUGGAUAUAAACGCAGGCUAAUGAGUGGGCAGCUGGCAGAGAAACCUUACUCUGAAAGAGGGUUGAAAAGGAAAAAAGAGCUUGAAGGUGCAGAAGAGAAGCAACAGAGUCAGGACAAAAGACCAUCAAUUAGCCCUCCAAGGGAUUCAGCUUCACCCGAGCUUAUUGUUGGUCAGAAAAAUGGCAUGUUCUUACAACAGUGUUCCUCGACAGUUACUCGAGGGAAGAGAAAGAGUGAAGAAAUUUCAAAUAGUUUGACAAAUGAUACGACGGAGUUUGCUGGUACCUCUGGGGAACCUGCACAUGAAUUGCUCCGACUCAGCCAUGACGGUCGUCCAGUGGGCAGUACUGGUUGCAACUCUCUAUGUUCCUCUCAGGGUGACUUAUACAGGGCCGAGUCCAAGUCACUUUUGAAUAAUGUAUGUGAAAAUGGUUCUAGGUUUAUUGAAGAUGCGUUGCUGGAGUUAGAGCCAAAAGCAGCACAUGGAAUGUUAACAUCUCUGGAUAGCAUUGGAUCAGAGUCUGUACAAAAAUCUUCUAUAAGGCAUGUUACAUGGUUUCAUACUUGUUCUUACAUUUUGUUUUAUAUUUCAGACUUUUUCUUUAAAGGUGCGGUAUUUUGGUUUCUUUUUUAUGGUUUGUCUUGUAGGUAUAGUGUUACAUCAACUGCUUGAAAGAAGUGGAGUUUCAUGGCAUUGAGGGAUGAAAAGCCAGCUCAACACGGUAAGUAUUAUGUUACUUGCUGGCUGUCAUUUCUCUAUGUUUUUCUUUUCCAGGCGGCUUGCUUGUGUGAAAUUGUGAGAGAGCCCUGAUAUAUGGGUGGAGGAGAGUUCCAGGUAGAACGGUCCUGUGGACUCCUGUACAGUUCAGUUUAUGUAAAAAUACUAUAGGGGAACUGCUGAAGAAGAUUGUUCUUCCUACAGCAGUUGAAUAGAUAUUUCUUUUCAUUUCGGGGGAAUGUAGAAUAUAAGCCGAUGAUACUAGGUUGGGGUGGGUCAUGAAAAAUCUCGGUUGUACUCUGUUUAUGGGAAGGGUAUUAACAGUCUUUUAAUUGUAUUUGUAGACCGAUGACAGUUGAUGACACCAUAUUUCAGUCUUUUGUGUCUUUCUCAA